GCGGAGUCAGUCUCACCAUCUCUCUCGGCCGACAGCCGGCCACCACCAGCCGCCAGUAGCAAUAGCAAAUUAGCAACCCGCCGAGCACCGACCUCUCCAUAGUUCCUCUACGGCUCUACCGAGCAACCGCCGGCGUCGACCCUGCCGUCCAGGCCCGUCCUGCCGCGGUGCCGCCUGCGUCCCUGCCCCAGCCACCCGGCCGCCACCCGCCGCCGCCAGCGAGGAGCGAGUAGUAGCGACCCUGGUCCCUGCCGCCCUUGCGUUCGUGGCUCCCUGCCCAGUGCCCCUGCGUCAGCGUCACUGCACUCUCCGAGGUGGAGGUGGUUCUCAAAUCUCAAGUCCAUCCACGGCGCUACUACCCUCGCUGCAAUGGAGUUGAGGAGGCCUGCAUCCUCUCCUCUUGUCGACAACUACGUGGUACCUGGUGACGUCGUCCUGGACCUCUCUGAGAUGAACAACCAGACCAUUAAACUCGGCGCGGGUCUGCGUCAGGAGUGUGACACCAUCCAGGCGACUAGUGCUGGGAAGCUGCGGCAGUUGAAACCCAACAAGUAUUGGAUUGAAAACUCACAGAAAAGAUAUAUACCUUCUGUAGAAGAUACCGUUCUUGGUAUUGUGGUCGACACCAAACCAGACAACUUUUUGGUAGACAUAAAGGGUCCUAAUUUGGCCUUUCUACCAGUACUUUCAUUUGAAGGCGGUACAAGGAGAAACAUACCCAAGUUCGAGAUUGGUACAUUAAUAUAUGCUCGAGUGGUGAAAGCAAAUAGUAUCAUGAAUCCCGAGCUCUCAUGCAUGGAUGCUACUGGGAAAGCUGCCGAAUUUGGACAGCUCAAAGAUGGUUAUAUGUUCGACACAUCAACUGGCAUGUCACGAAUGUUGUUAAGUUCCCCAACGUGUCCAGUUCUGGAGGUCCUUGGGAAAAAACUGUCGUUUGAGAUUGCUGUUGGACUCAAUGGUCGAGUCUGGGUGAAUGCUCCUGCAGCAAGUACUGUCAUUCUUGUAUCAAAUGCAAUAAUGAGGUCAGAAUCUUUGAGCGGCAUAAAACAAAGAGCUAUGGUAGAAAAUCUAUUGGAGAGAUUGUCAUGAUGAUAAGUCAGCAAGCAUUAGUCUAAAGUAAAAUGGAGGAGUUUCCAUUGUGUCAGUUCAAAGUAAAAGUAGGAAAGUUUGAGAUCAAAGUGACUAUCCCCAUCAAAAGAUUAUUAUGUAUCACGUGUCGUAGUAUACAGUACACUAUACUCUUUUUUAUAUUAAAUUAUCAAUGUAUUUAUCAAAGUCUUGCGUCC